CCACACACACACAUACACACACACACACACACACUCUCGCACAUGCAAACAUACACACCAUCACUGGUUGCAGCCCUGUUCUUCAGUCUACAGCUCCACCCACAGUAAAGUGGUGGACAGACAGACAGGAGAGGAGAAAGAGAGAGAAAAGGACAGAAAAAAGGAGGAGAACGAGAGAAGGCAGUGUGAAGAAAGAAGCUUCUUGUUUUUUUCCUCCACCUGUGGCAUCUGUCUUUUGUUCAGCCCCCACAAACCCAAGAGGACUGGGUAGCUCUCCAGAUGGAUCCGCUUCUGGAACAGGUCCUGGGUCGUGUUAACAGCACCCCGGGUGGGCUGCCCCUAAACCACAGCGACCCCCUGAAUAUGUUUCCAGGCAUGCAGCUGCUGCUGAGCUUCAAACCCAUUUUUGUGCCUCUCUACUGCCUCCUGGUGGCGGUGGCCUGCGUGGGCAAUGCCUCCCUGCUGGUCUGCAUCCUGGCGGACAAGAAGCUGUACAACGCCACAAACUUCUUCAUCGGCAACCUGGCGGCCGGCGACCUGCUGAUGUGCCUGAGCUGCGUGCCCCUGACCGCCUCCUACGCCUUCGACCCCAGCGGCUGGUCCUUCGGCCGGCCCCUCUGCUACCUGGUGCCCCUGCUGCAGGCCGCCACCGUCUUCGCCUCGGCGCUCUCGCUCACCGCCAUCGCCGCCGACCGCUACGUGGUGGUGGCCCACCCAGUCCGCCGCCGCAUCUCCCUGCGCUGCUGCUCGGGCGUGGCGCUGGGCGUGUGGGGCCUGGCGCUGGCCCUGGCCGCGCCCCCCUCUAUGAACACCCGCUACCUGGACCUGAGGCCCAGCGGGCUGGAGCUGGUGGUGUGCGAGGAGUUCUGGCCGGGGACGGGCCGGCUCAGGAUGCUGUACUCCUGCUUCAUGCUGCUGGCGUCCUACAUGGUGCCGCUGCUGUCGGUCAGCGUGUCCUACUGCGCCAUCACCGCCCACCUCCGCCAGCGCUGCCUGCCCGGCGCCCCCACCCACAGCCAGCAGAGCUGGAACAGGAAGAGGCGCAAGACCUUCUCCCUGCUGGUGGCCUCCGUGCUCGCCUUCGCCCUCUGCUGGCUGCCCCUGCAGGUGCUCAACCUCCUGCUGGACCUGGACGGCGAGUUCCGCAUCGUGGACAAGCGCUACGUCAACGUGCUGCAGGUCUCCUGCCACCUGGUGGCCAUGAGCUCCGCCUGCUACAACCCCUUCAUCUACGCCUCGCUGCACAGCAAGCUGCGGCUGCACCUGCGCGCGUGGAUGCGGCCCCGCCGUCGCCGCCGGCAACCAGGCGGCCUGGUCUCGCUCCACGCCUCCCGCCACAACGCCACCUGCCUCAGCCUGGUGUCCGAGCCGCCGGGCAAGGAGGGCCGCGACGCGUCUCAGAGUCGCGUCGACAACUUUCUCUGAAAUCCCCUCCCCAAAAUACCCCGCCCUCCUCCCCAAUGCUUCUCCCAAUAGGACACUUCCUUCGUGCAAACGGGGAUCUAAACUAAUCUCUGACGGCUCCAUCAAGGCCGACUAUCUCCUUCGGCUUGAGCAGUGCAUUUGCAGGGUAACUUGCAUGGCUCUUGGCCUGCUUUGGCGGUCAGUGCCACGGUUCUCCAGCAGAAAAGUUGACACGGGAACCGCAAACCCCUAGUGACAACCAUUUCAUAAGAACUCAUAUCCAUAAAGCAAAAGAGUGAAGUGUGGCCCAGGCUGUCUACACUGAUGAACAAGUAUUGAUGUCUCCACGGGAGCAACUGCCUUAUGAACCCUCUCAGCUCAGAUAGGAUUAUAAAUAGCAUGGUUUAAAGAUCUCACUACCCGGGGCAAUGGACAAAGAGCCACUCUCAGUAGCUGCCAUUAUCUCUAUAGCUGUGAAUUUGCUCAUUAUGCUGAUGAUAAGGGGAGAGUUCAUCUUCUCUGGCCCAUUGACGUCUCAGUGAGCCCUCAAAUGCCCAUCCGUUUUUAAAUGCACAGGACCUUGGUCUUGGUCAGUAGAGAGACUCUUCCGCCGAUUGUUUAAACUUCAUGAUCCCAGGGUGCUUUGCACAGGCUGCCGUACCAUGUAAUGAUCAGGCUUUUGUUAAGGAUUACACACCAAACAUCUGGUUAACCUGACUUAUUGUAUAUAUGAAUUCAAAGCGAAUGUGAUUCUUUUUUGGGCACAUAGGUUUAUGGGCUACUCACAAGCUUCAAGUUUUCUUGGAGUUCAAUACUGAGUUACCUCACUGAAAUACGAACUUGGUAAAUCUAACUUUUUUUGUGAUAACAAACCUCUAAGAUUGCAAAAGCACAGUACAUGGGUGGAGGGGGACAGACUAUUUCCUCAACGACCUUUGAGAGAGAGCAGGCAAUAUUGCCAAGAUAUCCUGAAGUCCCCUUCCUGCAUGGCUGCAUGUCCUUGUCAUGACACUUGACUAUUCUGGCUCCACAAUGAAUGGAAUGAAGUUCAACAGAGGUGUGAACAGCAGAAUUACCGGCAGCCAUUUUCUGUCAGAGAUUCAAGACCUACCUCUUCAGCUUGAAUCAGCUUGGAUCCCUUCCUAUACCCGCACACCCCAGAAUUUUUUUUGCCUGACUAAAUUAUUUUUGGAUUGUGUUAGCAUGCAUAAUGGCUUUAAAUGGAUGUUAGCUGUGUGAAUCAAUUAUUUGUUUUGUUGUUCUAUUUUGGUGUGAAUUAACUUUUAGUGCAUUAUUGAUGUUGCACUGCAAAAUAAAUUCUUCUAAAUGAAAGAAAGUUGAUAUAAAGCCUUACAUAACCGAUUGAAACUUCUUCUUGUUAAAAGGCUCUCAGCCAAAACUCAUGCUGCUACAAUUUUUUUGACAUCCAGCUAAAUCACACAUUUGCUUUGUCUGCAUUGUGAUCUCACUGUCAGCAGUCCGAAGUGACCACACUCACCACAAUCUGAACGGUUCCCCAUGGCAACAAUAGGCUGCUUCAAAGGCUUUACAAACCCUGCUUUUCAGCAUCAAAGCUAUCGUAGGAAAACACGUCCAGCACCUCACUCCACUGACCGAGCUCGCACGGUCCUACAAAUCUAAGCCAAGCACAGUAGUCCAUGCUUUUCCCCGUGCACCGAGAUUAACCCACAAUGCAAUUCAUCUGCAUGGCAAAAACAUGAAAUGCGCUUGAUCUACACAAAGUGGCCCCUUGAGCAGUGUGCUUUUAUCAAGUUGGCUUAGGUGCUAAUGCACUGAGUGAUAUGUAAUGAGACACACAGCCUUAUUGGCUUCUUAUAAGAGGGCGCCAGGAUUUCAUCAUUCUGAAGGAUAUGCGGAUGGGUGCUUGUUAAACAGUGAAAACUUCACAGAACAAAAUGACUUGUGCUAAACAAACUCCAGCGCUGUUAAAUCAAUUAUAACAGAGUCCAAUAGGGACAACACACGUGUACUCUGUUACAGUUAACAGCACUCUAUAUCAGAGUUGAUUUUACAUCAAAAACUUUGCUGUGCAGUAUAUGGUUACUGUGAGGGAUUUUGACAAUCCAAAAAAAAAUAUGACGGAAGUAGAAACCAAAAGUUGAGGUGGCUUUGAGAUGUGGCAUUGGUUUAGACAACACUGGUGGUGUAUUAGUCAACGUGUGUGCUUCGUGCUCCAUCUUUCUUUUAGGCUGUCAACAUAUAAUGGGUGACUUCCUCUGACUAAUGAACAAGCUGGUAUGAUUCUUUCCGCCAAUUGUUCUCUAUUUACUGUAUAUUUUUCAAAUAAUUGUUUUUGUUACAUUAAUACUUGUUUCCCCACAGAUGGGGAUGACUGUGGAAAAAAUUUAUUUCAUACCCUCAAGCAUGAUAUUUGUAUUUUAAAAUAAUUUUCAAAUUAUUGCCCAAGCUAAGACAAAUGCAUUUUAAAUAUUAUAGCGACUUUGACAGUUUAUAACAAAAGUCAAUGAGUUUUUUCAAGACUAGACUUCAGAGAAGACAAACACACAUACACACACGCACUUGAUCACUUACACACACUCACACACACACACGCAUGACUUUGUCCAGGGUGCUCAGUCCAUUUUCCUAUUUUCACUGAAG